GUGUUUUGCCGAACCAAAAGCACUCGACCGGGUGGUAUAAGGUCGGUGCUUGAACGCAGACAAGUCAGUAGCUGCAGUUGUGUCGAGUAAGAAAACAACCGCCGAAUUAUCCACAAUGGGAGUCAAAAUCAUUUUCCUGCUCUUAGCUGUAAUUUUCAUUGCGGCUUCAGCCCAGCCGGUGGUGCCACGCGACUACACUGUGUGCAGCUCGCAGUGGGGGGACCACGUGCUCUACCAGGGCCUUGUAGAGAAGCCCUCCAAGCUGCUGCAGGUGGUGACUGACGACCUGGCCGUGUCCACCGGCAGCGCCAUCAUACACUGCAUCACAGCCGUCAACUCCAAGGCCGGCAGCCCCGCGGCGGCCGUGAGCCUCGCCAGCGGGGGCACGGGCUACAACUACGUCACGCUGCACUUCACGUCGGACCGCAACCACGGCAUCCACUACAACGUCACCAUCUCCGGCCGCUAGCCGCUGACCGAGGAAUAUUUAGUCUGAGCUCCACGUAGUGCCCUAUUUAAUAUCUACCAUGCAUAAAUAGAUAAUAUUCUUGGAUCGAGUAAAAGCUAGAAGCGGUGGCUCCUAGGGACAAUACGCCUCUGCACAGGGACGGAUCCAGGGCCUGGCAAUACUCAUUUUCAUUUUUGGUUUUCCGUGUUUGUCUAGCUUUAUGUGAAAAAUUAUUAAAAUUAAUGGGGAAAUGGAGUAUUAAAUUGUUGUUACUGUGUAAUUCAAAGUUAUGAUCGAUACAUUUCGAUUUCAAUUCUGUUUCCAUAAUUUCAUGCUAGGAAAAUCUUUCAAAAAUAUAUUUGCCUCAUGAAAUGACGCGAUUUCACCAAUUUCGACCAUUAUAUUCAUGAAACUUAACCAUUUAUAAUUUAUAGGGAAAUAAUAUCAAAAUUUCUUACGCUGAUUUAUCAUCGAAAACUAAGUUACAAGUUGGUUUAAAAGCUAUGUUUUAAAGAGUUUAUUUUAUCCAGUUUUCUCGCAGAACACUCCCUAACCCCACUAUUCUCUAGGGCGCUAUUCUAUACCCCCAGGCCCCUAAUAAAACCCCUCUCCAAAACAUUAAGAUACCGCCGAAGUAAGUGACACAGUGCUCGCAAAGUAUAGAGCAGCCACUGCCUCAUGGUCCGAGGGCCUAGCAAAUCUCCCUAGCUGAAGGCCCAUGCCACAGAGUACCGCACACCGCAACUAGUACUAAGUGAUAACGCGAAAGUUUCACGCCAAAUGUGUAGAUGUUUGCUGAAUCCAUAUUUAUGAAGAACUUAAAUUGUAUGCAUUGCCUAUCUGUGGAGAAUUUAUUUUAAAGAAAGGCAAAUAUUUAUAAAACUUUAUUUGUUUUUUAAAGUAACCUUGAAAUUACAUUGUCAGUAAGUGAGAUACCAUGUUAAAAUAAUUUCCUUGCUGUUAUUUAUGCUUCCUUUGCUUUUUCAGGGUUUAUUACUGCAAUGCCAUAGUUUCAUAUAUCAUUCUUAUACCUGUGCUGAAGAGUGGGUCGUAUUCAAGUCGGUCCAACUGAUUUUCUCAAUAAAGUAAAGUAAAAAAAAAUAUUUUAUUUUAUCUUUGUUUUUUUUUUUACUGUAUACCAAACUGUAAUGCUACACAAUUAUUUUUAUAAUCUAAUUUUUAAUACUUCAAAAAUAUUGCAGAUACAAAGAAAUAAAUGUGUUACGAAUCAGCUGACAAA